AUGCUGGCGAAGAUGACGCGGAGCACGGCGACGCUUGCGCUUGUCGUGGCCGUCUUGGUGGCGGUGGUGUGCGGGACGCAUGCGCUACCAGCCAACCAGACCGGCCCUGUGAUUGGCGUCCUGACGCAGACGUACGGACCCGAAGUGCUGGGCGGCAAACUCGGCGGCGAGAUCGACGAGACCCGCACCUACAUUGCAGCGUCCUACGUUAAGUAUCUGGAGAGUGCUGGUGCCCGCGUGGUGCCCAUUGACUGCAUGGCCAGCGAGGACGAGCUGCGGGAGAAGGCAAAGAUGAUCAACGGGUUCUUGCUGCCGGGUGGUGGCCAAGCCAUCACAGACCCCAAGAACUCCUACUCCCGCACCGCCCGGUUCAUGAUGAACAUGGCCAAGGAGUUUAACAACAAGGGCGACUACUUCCCAGUUUGGGGUACAUGCCUUGGGUUUCAGAUGGUGAGUGUGUUUAUUGGCGGCAACAGCGUGCUGGGUCACCACUUUGACUCGGAGGAUCUGCCGCUUCCCCUCAACUUCACGUCCCACAUCUCCACCAGCAAGAUCUUCAAGAGCGCCCGCCCAGAACUCAUCACCGCCCUCCGCAACCAACCGCUGACGAUGAACAACCACGAGGGCGGUGUGACCCCGAUCACCUUUGCCAACAACGCCAAUCUCACCUCCUUCUUCAACGUCAUCUCCACAAACGUCGAUCGCAAGGGCAACCCUUUUGUCUCCACCAUUGAAGGCAAGCAUAUGCCCUUCUACGCGACGCAGUGGCACCCAGAGAAGAACUCGUUUGAGUGGACCGCCAGCGAGGCGAUUCCGCACUCUGCGCUGGCAAUUGAGACGUGCCAGCUGACGUCGACGUUCUUUGUGAACGAGGCCCGCAAGUCCAACCACGCGUACCCACCGGAGCAGCUGCGGAAGGACAUCAUCUACAACUACAACCCCGUCUUCACGGGCAAGGACGGCUCAGGGUUUGAGCAGUGCUACUUCUGGGACGUUUAA